GGAAAAGGAAGAGGAGGAAAGAUAUGGCAGUAAGCUAAUUUGGUAAACAGAAAAAAGCUAUAGCUGGUAAGAAUAAAGACGUAACGCUACCAGUUAUAGAAUAGGCCCUUAAAAGCUUAGUGUUAAACAAUGUACCAGCCAAGAUGGGGCAGACCCUGUGCAUGUGCUCCCGUGGCUCCAUCACUAUUGAUAACAAAAAAUACUACUUUGUCCAGAAACUAGACGAAGGUGGGUUCAGUUAUGUUGAUCUGGUAGAGGGGGUAAAGGACGGGCGCUUCUAUGCCCUGAAGAGGAUCCUGUGCCAUGACCGUGAAGGCCGCCAGGAAGCUCAGACAGAGGUGGAGAUGCAUCAGAUUUUUAAUCACCCCAACGUCUUGAGCCUGGUUGCACACACUUUUGUUGAUCGUGGAGGCAAGACUGAAGCCUGGUUACUUCUUCCUUAUAUUAGAAAAGGCAGUCUGUGGUCUGUUCUGGAGAAGCUAAGAGACAAGGGGAGCUCAAUACCUGAAAAACAGAUUUUACAAAUCAUGCGUGGCAUCUGCUCUGGACUCAAGGCCAUUCAUGAAAAAGGCUAUGCACACAGAGACCUCAAGCCCACAAAUGUGCUUCUGGAUGAGGAUGACAGGCCAGUUCUGAUGGACCUGGGCUCUAUGAACCGUGCCAGGAUUGAGGUUCGAGGAACCAGAGAAGCCAUGACCAUACAGGACUGGGCAGCCCAGCGGUGCACGAUUUCCUACAGGGCUCCUGAACUCUUCAAUGUAGAGAGUCACUGCAUUAUAGAUGAGCGUACUGACAUCUGGUCACUUGGCUGUGUGCUUUACUGCAUGAUGAUGUUAGAGGGUCCCUAUGACAUGGUAUUUCAGAAGGGGGACAGUGUUGCCCUGGCUGUCCAGAAUCCAGUGGCCAUCCCACAGUCUUGCAGUUACUCGCAGGGCCUGCAAAUGCUGCUGAGCUCCAUAAUGGUGUCAAAUCCCCAUGAGAGACCAAACAUCAGCUGGGUUCUUGACCAGGUACAGGACCUGCAGAGUCGCAGCCCCAACACCCAAACCAACAUGGUCUGAUCUUGCACGGUGCACUGGAUGUGGGAGACCUUUGCACAUAUAAAUGAACAUCCCUUAUUUUGAGCUUGAAAAUAUUUCUUUUAUUUAUUAACUUUAGUGUAAAAGUCCAGGUACAGACUUUCACUCAGCACGGGGAGCUUGGCAACACUAUCAGCUUUUAGUUUGAAUGAUCUUGUCCAGGAUGCAUAUGACUGUGGAUUCUUUAGUUAUAGACAAAUUAUGUGAGGAAUCUGAAAAGCCUCAAGUGUAAUUUGACCCUGCAAUAUGAUGCUUUUGCAAGGAUCAAAUGUUGCCUGUAAUCAAAAUCUUGAAGGGAUAGUUGGGCAUUUUAGAAAAUGUUAAUUUGCUUUCUCAUAGUGUUACAUGAGAAAACAGAUACCACUCUCAUGUCUGUGCGUUCAAUGUGGAGCUGUAGCCAGCGGCCUAUUAGCAUAGCUUAGCAUAAAGACUGGAAAGAAGAGGAAAUGGCUAGCUUUACUCUGUCGGAAAGUAACAAAAGCCUUAUCAUGUUAUAUCUUGUUUGUGAAAUCAGUACAAAAUCACAAUGUAAAAACAACAAGUGGUGGUUCUAAUGAAGUUUAUGUGUACGGAUAUUGUUUUGCAUUUUAGUUUUUAGACAGAUAGCACAAACAAGAUAUACAUGUUAAUUAGUAAGCUUUAGAGGUGCUGGUUGAUGGGUUUUAUUUUAGCAGAGCCAGGCUAGCUGUGUCCACCUGCCAGCUGCUGGCUGUUGCCUUAAUAUAUCUAUCAGUGUAUUUCUUGUGUAUUCACAUAAAAAAAACAACAACAAAAUUUUGUCUUAAAAUUGUAGUUUGCAUUUUUAAUGAGAAAAAGGGACAACAUUGAAGCUUUGCCAAACUUUCCAGUGGAUGAAAGCUACCCGAGUUUAACGCUGGGUUCAGACAGGCGGAAGCACCACGAUGCCCUGCCCGCUUCCUUUCGUAGUCCAUGUUAACCAGUUGGGCUGUUCGGACAGGAUGGGCUGCGUUGUGGAGCUCCGCAGCCGGCUUGCGAUCUGCAGUGGUUGUUUUGCUGUCUGAUCUUUUUUCUCCGCAUUCCAAGAGUGAAUCCAGCUCAAGAAAACACACUUAUAAUCUAUUAUAAACAAUAUAAAUAAUAUAGGAUAUAAAUCUGAUCCUGAUAAAUGACAAUAUAUGCACCCCAUGCUUGCUAACCCUUUUGAUUUUCCGGGCCCUCUCCUCGCUGUUCUACUGGAGUUUCAACUGCCCUGAUUUCUGUGCCCCAAAUGAUGAAAUAUCAGAGUCUGCCCAUCCACUAUAUUUAUCAGAAAUAGCAUCACUGCUGUUUGUGAUUGUGUUUAUAUUACUUACUUAUUCCACAUAUUUGUCAGCUGUGUCGAAAAGAGGGUGAGAGACGAGCAAACACACACACAAGCAGACAGACAGAGAUGUGGGGGUUAGGUGGCCAUCGGCUAACCGAGGCCAAUCAAAUGUCAAGUUCAUAAUGAUUUAAGGAGAGGAGCGGAAUCAAUUGUUGACCGGCACAGAGAAAUGCGCUUCUGGUGUCAACAGGAAGGCUACUGCUCACAUGAGAAUUGACAUAUCACGGCGCUUUCUGAACCCGGCAUAAUACAUAUUAGGUUACAUUCCCUACCAUGAAGGAAUAUGUUCCAGUUCCCUUUAUUUUUCAUCUUGAUUCCUGAGUUUUGUGUGUGUGCAACACGUGUAAUAUUAUAACAGCUUUUCCCCACACCUUUACUGGACUGUUCGUUUCCACUGGGGAAAACUUAAGACACACAGUGCUCCUCACCUGCAAUGCUGCAUUUGAACACACAGAGGUGCUCCACCAUUACAAUCCCCCUGCCCCACGCAUUGACAUGGUGAUUGACCAUGUUUCUGCCGGUCCAGGUGAUAAUGUGUGAAUGUGCUCUUUGUCAAGCAAGAGCAAAGAGUAUCUGCAUACACGAAAGAAAAAAAGGACAAGGGGUCAGGUGUUACUGUGACAAGCCUAAACAGAUUAAGGAAUAACUUAGAAAUAUUUUUAUUAACCGUAAGUCGAAGGCAUUGUCUGCCAUUGCAGUUUAACCUUUCUUUUUUACUUCACUUUUCUCUGUAUUGUGUUUUUAAACAGUAUUUUCUAUUUCAGCUAUGCUUGUGCUGAAUUCUGGGUUUCCUGUCAUGUGUGACUGUGGUCUCACACUUUGGUUCUCUCAGGGUUCACCCACAUCUCAAAGGGUCCUACUAUCUCAGACCCAAAUCGUACCUUUAAAACUAUUAUUGCGUAAAUUUUUGCUUUGGGCAUUUAAGUUAAGAUGAAUGCUUCGUUGACUCUGUAAUGCGGUGAUAUUGACCCAUAUUAGAACAAAAAAUUUCCUUGACAGUUAAUACAGUUAAUUGUUGGAACGGUAAUUGACAAACUGUUUAAAUAUAUUAUCUAUUUUAAUGCUUUAAGUUUGUGAAAUGACUACGAAUAUUUGUGUGGUUGUUAAUGGUGAACUAAUAAUGAUAUCACACUGCUGGUAAAGUACGGAAUUUUCUAAGUGUACUCGUAAGUUCACAGAUAUUAAUGAGUAUGAAUGUGUUAUUUGAUUGUGGAUAUUUCUGUUAAAAUUCUGCUUCAUCUCUUAUUCACUGCACAGUAAAGGAUAAAUAAAUAUAAUAUAUGUAGCACUCUCUACACAGUUUUUAAUAUGAUUGUGAAAUAAAGCAUCAUCCUACAUUUAAAAACUAGUUUUUUUUUAAAGUAUGUGAAUCGAUAAUCAGAUACAACCACCUGUACUACUUAGUCAGCAUGACACACACACAAUGGCCAAAUGUACUUGGACACCACUCGUAAUUUGUCAUUUCAGCUACAUAAAAUCAGCUUUUAAAUGUCCAUUAACAAACAUUUGCAUUAAAACAGGUCGUACUGAAGAGCUCAGUCACUUGAAUGCACCACUGUCAUGGGAUGCUCU